CAACAUAAGAGGGUUUGGCUUCCUGUGUGACACAUUUAUUACUGUCAGUAAAUGAAACUCUUGAGUCAUUCUCUGUUGAUGAGAGGUGAAAUGGCGCAGCAAAGAAAUCGAGCCGACAAGAAGAAAUUCUCCUGUUCGGUCUGUCUGGAUCUACUGAAGGAUCCGGUGACUAUUCCCUGUGGACACAACUACUGCAUGAGCUGUAUUCAAACUCACUGGGAUGGAGAAGACCAGAAGAUAAAUUACAGCUGUCCUCAGUGCAGACAGACUUUUUACACAAGGCCUGACCUGGUGAAGAACACCAUGUUGGCAGAGUUAGUGGAGGAACUAAAGAAAACUGGACUCCAAGCUCCUCCAGCUGAUCACUGCUAUGCUGGACCUGGAGAUGUGGCCUGUGAUGUCUGCACUGGGAGGAAGCUGAAAGCCUCCAAGUCCUGUCUGCAGUGUCUGGCUUCUUACUGUGAGCAACACCUCCAGCCUCACUAUGAAUCUCCUGCUUUUAAAAAACACAAACUUUUGGAAGCCUCUGUUAAUCUUCAGGACAACAUCUGCUCCGGUCAUGAUAAGUUAAAAGAGAUUUUCUGCCGCACUGACCAGCAGUGUAUCUGCAUUCUCUGCUCAUUUGACGACCAUAAAGGCCACGACACAGUUUCAGCUGCAGCAGAGAGGAUGGAGAAGCAGAAAGAGCUCGGUGAAAGUCGGCAAAAAAUCCAGCAGAGAGUCCAGGACCGAGAGAAAGACUUGAAGGAGCUCCAGGAAGACACGGAGACCAUCAAUCGCUCUGCUGAUAAAGCAGUGGACGACAGUGAGAAGAUUUUUACUGAGUUGAUCCGUCUCAUUGAGAAAAGACGAUCUGAUGUGAAGCAGCAGAUCAGAUCCAGGCAGAGAACUGAAGUGAAUCGAGUCAAAGAUCUUCAGGAGAAGCUGCACCAGGAGAUCACUGAGCUGAAGAGGAAAGAUGCCGAACUUGAGCAACUUUCACGUACAGAGGACCACACCCAGUUUCUUCAUAGUUACCCUACACUGUCAGAACUGACCGAGUCUACAGACUCACCAAGACCAAACAUCUACUGUCUGCUUUACUUUGAGGAUGUGAUGGCAACUGUGACAGCAGCCAGAGAUGAAAUGCAUGCCAUUCUUACUAAGACAUCGAGUUUAUCAGUGCCAACAACCAGAGCUGAGUUCUUACGAUAUUCACGUGAAAUCACACUGGAUCCAAACACAGCAGGUACAUUUCUGGUUUUAUCAGAGGGAAACAGAAAAGUAACAUUUGAUGGAAACAAUAAACCAUAUCCUGAACAUCCAGAAAGAUUCAUUAGCAGACCUCAGGUCUUGAGUAAAGAUGGACUGACUGGACGUUGUUACUGGGAGGUCAAGAUGAGCAGGGAUGCCAGAGUAGCAGUCGCUUACAAGAGUAUCAGCAGAUCAGGAGACUUCAAUGUACAUGUAUUUGGAUUCAAUGAGAAGUCUUGGGCACUGAAUUGUUUCAAUGAUUUCACCUUCAUGCACAACAACCAGAAACUGAACAUCUCAGGCCCUAAAUCCUCCAGAAUAGGAGUGUACCUGGAUCACAGAGCAGGUGUUCUGUCUUUCUACAGCGUCUCUGAAACAAUGACUCUCCUCCACAGAGUCCAGACCACAUUCACUGAGCCUCUCUGUGCUGGACUUUAUCUUUUGGGUCUUGAUGGAGACACUGCUGAGUUCUGUAAACUCAAGUAAUCAUUAAAGUGGCAGAGGAAAGACUGAUAUCAAGUACAUGGAUAUACAGCUUUUCAUGGACAAUCAUAUUGAUCUGAUCUGGAGUAUCUAGUGUUUUGGGGCCUGUUUGUGUGUAUAUAUCAAUUGCAGAAUCUGUAAAUAUGUGUGAUCUUUUCAAAUUAUGCCUCAUCUAAGACAGGAAGUGAGGAGUCCAC